GAUAUAAUGGCUGUUGUCCUGAAACGAUGCUUGUCCUCUGCAGCUAAAGCAGCUAGAAUCAUCACUUGUCCAGACAAACUUGUUUAUCCUGCUCUUCCAAUGCAUCAAAAUAUCCUCAACAGUAUAGACACUCAACUUGAUACAGUUUUGUUGACUUGUGGUCUGACACGUCAAGAUGUCAAGGGAUCUGAGCUUGCAGCCCAAAUUGGAAGAAUGGCCAACAAGUUCAAAGCUGCAGGAAUGGGACAUGGUGAUCAUGUUGCCAUUGUGGGACUCAACCAUCUCAACUAUCUGCCAGCUAGACUAGGAGUUGUUGCUACCGGAGCUGUUCCAGUUCUUUUCAACCCAAUGCAUACUAAUCAAGAGACGAGUAAACUGAUUGAAGUAAGCGAGUGUAACUAUGCAAUUGGACAUAUGUGCAGCGCUGAUAAACUACAGGAACUGCAAGGAAAGCAUAAGUAUAAGAUUUUACCAAAUAUUGAGGAUCUUGAUGAAUGGUCGAAAGAUGAAUCGACGAUUUGUCCUGAACACAAUGGCAAUUUGGACGAUACAGCUAUCAUGAUGUUCAGUAGUGGAACAACAGGUCUCCCAAAAGCAGUUGAAAUAUCACAUACAAACAUGAACUCUCAGCUAGAGAGCAUUAACAUUUCCGGUAAAUUUGAAGAUAUAAUUGAAACGGAAGGACUUAAAAACCCUCGUAUGGUCGAUUUUUUACCUGAAUUCCACUCAUAUGGAAGUUUGCUGGCCCAGUUUGGCGUUCUAAACGGGUAUCAAAGGAUAGCUCUUCCUUUCUUUUCUCCUGAACUGUUUUUACAAUGUCUGCAAGACUUCAAAGCUCCCAGUACAACAGUGGUACCCCCAAUCAUGAUAAUGCUCAGUAAGCUCGACAUUGUGGCUAACUACGACCUGUCCCACCUGCGCCUGAUUGUGGUGGGUGCUGCUCCACUUGCACAGGAGACAGAAGAGGCGGUUAAAGAGAGGCUGCGAGCGUGCAAUCCUGGAAUAAACCUGGAAGUUACUCAAGGUUACGGUUGCACUGAAACAGCAGGAGCAACUCUGUUAUGUAGACAGGGGGUUACCAAGCCCGGCUCAGUUGGGGCUGUCAUUGCUGGCCAGGAGAUUAAGUUAGUAGACACAGAGACAGGAGAGCUGUGUGGUCCUCACGAGCGAGGAGAGAUCUACAUUAAAGGACCCCAAGUUAUGAAGGGGUACUACAAGAACCCUGCAGCUAAUGCCACUACUUUCGAGGGUGAAUGGUUAAAGACUGGUGAUAUCGCGUACUACGAUGAAGAUGAGGACUUCUUUAUUGUAGAUAGACUGAAAGAAUUUAUCAAAGUCAAAGCUUACCAGGUAGCUCCUGCAGAGUUGGAAGCAAUCCUCCUGACACAUGACCAAAUAGCAGAUGCAGCAGUUAUUGGGAUAGCCAAUGAGAGGACAGGAGAGGCGCCCAAAGCUUAUGUCUGUCUUCCCUUUGGUGUGAAACUGACUGAGGAUGACGUGAAAGAGUUCGUGGCAAGUCAAGUGAGCGACUAUAAACAUCUGGCAGAGGUCGAGUUCGUUAAGUCGAUUCCUAAACUUCCUUCUGGUAAAAUCCAGCGAAAACUCCUCCGUGAAAAGCACUUGAAAGACUCCCAGAAUAAGUAGUAAUUUCUGUAGCAGAAUUUUGUCAAAGAAUAUAAUUACGACAACAAGUUUUGGCUGUUAAAAUUUAUUGAUUUAAAGUUAAUGAGAUUCUGAGAUUCUGUAAUUUACAAAUCGUUUUAUUCACAAAUAGUUAAUUUUUAUUACGCUAUGUCGAGAUAUCGCAUAAAAUGUAAUUUGGCUUUAUUUUUAAAGCCGUAG